GGGGGGGGGGCGACGAAUCAACCAGCCAACCAGCCGAAGGGUGUCGUCGUCGUCAGACUGAAGAAGCUCGCCAUUUUAAGCCAUUGUGUAAACGUCCCGUUUCUGUGCGAACGUCGUCGUGUGCCAGCGAACGCGCGUCAGCCGAAUCGCGGAUAAUCGCAACUUGGGAGAUCGUUUGCGGCAUGAAUCAGUCGCGGAAUUUCACUUCGCUGUUGAACCCGAGUUAUUUGCAAAACGCGCAGCAGAAUGCCGCGACCGCGAACGCGGCCGCUGCUGCAGCCGCGGCAGCUGCGGCGGUGAGCGCGGCGAUUGCCAAUGGGACGCAGAUCAACGCCAAUUCCAGUCCCUCGCCGAAUAAUUCGCGAAAACGCGAAGCCGAAGGUGAUUGUAAACAAGAAAAAGAGACUAAAGAGGAACGUAGGAAGCGGAAGAAAACUAGAUGGAGUGGUAGUGAACAUGACAAAACAUUUAUACCAGGCAUGCCUACGGUCCUCCCGACUAAUCUGACUCCUGAACAGGAGAAAGCCUACCUCUUUCAGCUGCAGAUCGAGGAAAUCAGCAGGAAGUUACGCACUGGAGAUCUUGGAAUUCCGCUUAACCCUGAGGAAAGAUCACCGUCCCCGGAACCGAUCUACAGUAGCGAUGGUAAACGAUUGAACACAAGAGAGUAUCGCACUAGACGUAAACUCGAGGAGGAACGGCACAAUCUGAUACAAAAGAUUCUUAAAAUCAAUCCGGAGUUCAAACCUCCGCCGGAUUACAAGCCCCCGAUAAUACGGGUUCACGACAAAGUGAUGAUCCCACAAGAGGAACACCCAGACAUCAACUUCGUAGGCCUUCUGAUCGGACCGCGUGGGAACACGUUGAAAUCCAUGGAGAAGGAGACCGGGGCAAAGAUCAUAAUUCGCGGCAAGGGUUCGGUGAAAGAAGGGAAAGUCGGAAGGAAGGACGGACAACCGUUGCCCGGCGAAGACGAACCUCUGCACGCUUACAUCACGGCUAACAAUCUGGACGCUGUGAAGAAGGCGGUCGAGAGAAUUCACGAGAUCAUAAGACAAGGCGUGGAAGUACCCGAGGGACAGAACGAUCUGCGACGGAAUCAACUGAGAGAAUUGGCAUUGCUGAACGGAACGUUGCGAGAAAACGACGGACCACGUUGCACGAACUGCGGGGCGUCGGACCACAAAUCAUGGCUGUGCCCGGACAAACCGAACGUGACGAACAACAUAGUAUGCUCGAGCUGCGGCGGAGCCGGUCACAUCGCUCGCGAUUGUCGAUCGAAGAGACCCGGACAAGGAGGACCAGCGGCCGCGGGUAUGGGGGGAGGUAUGGGGCCAGGCGGAGACAAGGCCAAGAUAGACGAAGAAUACAUGUCGCUGAUGGCAGAAUUGGGCGAGGGUCCUCCGCCGGAUCGAUCGAAGACCGGCGGGCAGCCGUCGCGUCAAGCGAAUCCGAACCCGAAUUACCCUGGCCUCUUCGACAGACAACAAGCGCCGCGAGCUCUGAUGGCGGCGCCGGCGCAUCCACCGCCGCAGAUGAUGCAAGGGGGGCCGAUGAUGCCUCCGCCAGGAAUGGCCCCGCCGCCUCCUUGGACCACCCAAGGAGAAGUGAACGGUAUGAACGGCAUGAACAUGCAGUGGCAACCGCCGGUCAGCAUGCCUCCUCCACCGGGCGUGAUGCAGCCACCGCCACCGCCGCCGGGUUCGACGACUCAACCGAAUCCGAUCCCACCGUUGAUGCCAUGGAUGACCGGGAACAACCAGCCGCCGCCACCGGGGCAGAUGCCGCCGACGCAGAUCCCGCCGCCGGGAAUGGGCAUUCCACCUUGGCAGCAGCAGCAGCAGCAGCAACAGCAGCAACAGCAGCAGCAGCAGCAGCAGGGCCAACAGGGACCGAUGCGUCCUCCUCCGCCCGGAACCGCUCCGCCGCCAGGAUUCCCAGGUUGGCAGCCUCCUCAGCAGAUGGGUGGGUGGCCGCCCGCGGCUCCCGUUCCUCCGCCGCCUCAGCAACAGGCGCCGGCCCCGCCAGGAAUCGAUCUGAACACUCUCCCGACGUUAUUGGCGCAACCGCCGCCACCGCCGCCGCCGACCAGUUAGUGCGAACAAUGCGGAAUCGAAUCGUCCGACGCAAAUCUCGAACGCGACAGAGAUCUCUAUCGUCGGAUCCGUAAACGUCGUCGCGUAUCAUCGAACUGAGAAGGACGGUCGUCAGCCGGAGGUCGGAGUCAGUCAGCUAGCUAGCUAGUUUCAAUCAGUCUCGUCUGGUACCAGUGGAAGCCUGGGACACAGCUAUUUGAUAAGUGUACAUUUUCGAUUCGUCUCGUGGACCAUAGGGUGUGUCGGUAGAAGGGAACGCUUUAGGUUUUUGUUUUUUAGAAGUUAAAACAACGCGUCGCACUUGGAAAGUCGUCACGUUCGUCGGUCGAACCGCGAAUUCGAACGAAAUCGCAGCAGAGGCGUGCCAGCGUACGUCCGGUUCACCGGUACUCGACUCUCGGUCGUCUCGAACGUCCGUCCCGGGCGCCUCGCGCUCACGGACGUCGACGCGAGCGAGACACGCCAACACACAUCGUCGUAACCACGUUACCUUCGAGCACGACAGUAACACAGUUUACACGGUAUCGCGUGAAGCUAUAGGGUACAAUUUACUCGUUCAUUCUAGAAGUAGGUAACUAGGUAGGUAACUAGGUAGGUAGACAGGUAGACAGACAGGUAGACAGACAGAUAGGUAGGUGACACUACUACUACUACUACUACUACUACUACUACUACGCAUAAUAAACUAUCGGUAGAACGUUCGUUCGUCCGUGCCGUACAAGUAUCAUGAUUCGACUUUGCUUCGAGAGAAGACACUACGAUCACACACGUUUGGAACGGAGAUUACGGACGAAACUGAAUCAGUGCGGUCGUGGAACGAAUUUUUUUUCGUUUCAUCGCAUUCGGUGGAAUCGAUUCGAUCGAACGAAUUCCGUACAUCAUCGUAUCCGACGGAUCUCGUCAGAUCCAACGAAGCGUCUGAAUGACCACGCGUCCGACCGCGAACCGAUACAACGUCAGACUCUGACAGAACCGUCCGCCCCGAACGGAGACAGCCACCGUGGAUCGCGUUCUCGAUUCGGAAUUCAGUGUUCUACCGGAUCCGACCGGAUCGAAACCUGGUCGAGGUCACCGCGACGGUGGAACGAUCAGUCGUCCGUACGACACGUUCGUUCGCGUCGGUCUCGAUGAAAACGAGCGACACACACGCGAUCCGUCGAUCGUCCAGAUCAAUGGUCAUCGAGCGAUCACUAAGCAUCAUUUUCUCUCCAUUACUCACGAUCAUCGAGACACGUAAGAAACGUGUAAGCGCAAUAACAAGGUGAUCGAUCACGACGACGAAACGGAUCGGGAUCGUACGAAGCUUCGUACGAGGUAAGACGAGAAUCGCCCGUUAGGUUUAAUCGAUAAGACACAAGACGAUAGUUUGUGAAACUCAAGUGUACGUCUGCAGAAUAAAGAUACGUCGGAGAA